AUAAUUUCCAAACACUCUGUCCCCCCCGUUCCCGAAAACAAGACCUCUUGGCAGGCCAAGCUUCGUCGCCCUCCUAUUUUGGCUUGGCGUGCAUCGAUGCUGCCACGAGCCAUUCAUUCGCCACGACUCGCCCUUGUCUGCUGCUCCGGCGCUGUUCCACUGCGAUUGAGAUACCCAUCGUGAGCUGUGCCUGAAGAUUCCGAUCCCGACCUCGCUCGACCUGCCUGCCCUGCGCUUCUGCCGCGCCGACACGACGACGGCCGCCAGCCAGCCUGUCUGCCCGCGGCCGAGGACGCACUACCACCCGCCCGCCCACCCGCCUGUCGCCGUCGCCACUAUCCCGCCACCACCGCUGCUCUCCCUCCGCUACUGUGCGAUCGAGUAGCACGCCGCAUCCAACGCCACUCCCUCGUCGGCUAAUCGGCAUCUGCCGCUGCCUUCCUUGGCCACUUGCAGAGUCGUCAUUCUCGACGACGACGCAACAACGACGGUACACCUCAAGCGCCUGCACUACCCCAUCAGCACACCGAUGUGUCCUCGACCUACGUGACCUAACUCGAUCCAUGACGCGCCAGGAGUUCUUGUGGCUGUUUAUUCUAUAUUGAUUUUCUCGAGUUUUCGUUUGUCCUAUUCUCUUUUUCUCCUCUCUUGACCCUGUACGACAUCGACACGACACGACACCACUUUACCCGUCUCCGCGUUCUGCCUCCUACGUCGCCGCUGCGCAUCCCGUAAUACCUGUUGUCCGGCGCGCGGCCUCGAGGCCUUGUAUGUUUGGUGCAUUUUGCUGCCCAUUCCACGCGCAACUCCGCCCUCUUGCCGCUGUUGGCCACUGCCUCCUCCCCGCGCGGACCCCGACACGUCGUCGAUCGGCGGGUCGGCCGCAUGCCAUCAUACACGCCCUCGACGCCGACACCGCCCCGCCCGGGUCGCCUCGUCUCCCAAGACGUCCCCGUCCAUCAUUGUGGCCUGCAGCCAAGCGAAGCCCAGACUCACCGGCCCCCCGCCGGGACAACCUCACAGCAACCCAGGGGCGUCGUCCGGGCCCAGUGCAGCAUAGAUGGGCGCCAACUCGGCAUCACGCCACCGUCCUCCGUCGCUCGAAGACACGCCCUCUGGCCGCUCCUUCUUCUCCCGCAUAUCCCUGCUCUCCCGCUCACGAACACGCCACCUGAACGAUUUCUACAUCCGCCCCGCCGAGCCGCACCGAAAGUACGCCGCAGGAGACCACGUCACUGGUGCUGUCUUCUUGACGGUCCUCAAGCCGAUCCGCAUCACACACCUCACUGUCACUCUCCACGGCUUCGUCAAGGUUUUCAAGAGUCCCAACGCUUCUCAAGACCCUCCCGUUAAUCCUGCCCUGGUCGAGUCGGGAAUAACCGGCCGGAUACGAUAUUUUGGAAAUGGCCACGCGUCGCUUUUCCAGGACGAGCAGGUUCUCAGCGCCGACGGCAAACUCGAGGCGGGGCGCUACGAAUUUAACUUUGAUCUCGUAUUCCCUUCCAAGGGUCUUCCAAGCAGCAUAGAUUUCGAGCGGGGCACAAUAUCAUAUCUUAUCACGGCCACAUUGACACGACCCAACACCAUAUCACCUACUAUCACUUGCGAGCGCAAAGUCUGCCUUGUCGAGCAGGUCGAUAUUGGCACUCUCCCGCUUCCGCGCCCGCGCACCAUCUCCCUCGAACCGAUAUCGAAAGGGCCAAGGAGGAGACGGCCCGACAGACCACCGGGCCAUGACAGGGGGUCUAUCGCCGUCUCAGACACGAACGAUGCCGCGCAGUCAGACUUGAAAUCGUCCAGGGGGCCGGAAAGCGUCGCCGAUGGAUCUGUGAUGGCUGCCCAUGAGGCUGCAGGGCAGGAAUCGCGCUCUGUUCCCCGAAGUCCAACCCGCGUUGAUAUCCCGGAUAUGACCAGCGAAGUGAGCGCUGAAACCAUGAUGAGUGGCAGUACGGGUGCCGGGUACAGAGUCAGCGACCCUGUGACGAGUUCCUCGUCGGCCGGCUCUCAGGUAGGAGCGAGGACCCCUACGCCAGACGAGAAGACCAUCACUGCCAGCAUCGAGAUGCUCAAGGGUGGUUUCUUGCCUGGCGACUUCAUCCCCGUCAAAGUGUGCGUCCACCACAUUAAGAGGAUAAAGAGCGUCCACGGAGUCAUUGCGACAUUGUACAGACAAGGCAGGAUCGACUCGGCACCGCCAAUAUCUCUCUUCACUGACCUGUCUAAGGAAGAGAUCCGUCGGCUCGAGAAGGAGGAGUACUUCCCGCGGUCCAAGACGGGACUGAGUGGGCUGUCGCUGUCGUCAGCCGGCUCAUGCAGUGUUUUCCGCAAAGACCUGUCGCAAGCAUUUGGCCCCCUGAUAAUCGAUCCGGUGUCCCUCGAGGCGAGCGUCACCAUCUCGGUCAGGGUGCCCGAGGACGUGUUUCCAACAAUCAAGGGGGUUCCAGGGGAGCUCAUCAGCUUCAAAUACCAAUUGGAAGUUAUAGUCGAUCUGGGUGGCAAGCUCGCCAGCCAGAUCCAGUCUGGCCAGGGCGGCCCGUCUGGGGCGCCUGCCCCGGUUGCUGCCGUCAGGAAUCCGUACGAACACGGCUCGAGCAUGACUAUGGGGCAAUGGGGUGCCAGUAUCAUCGACACGGACCAGCUCCGGAGGCAGAAGGGUGUUAUAUCCGUGGUUUUCGAAGUGCCUGUCGGCACGUUGGACUCUAGUCGACAAAGACCUCGGGGUUCGCUUCGACCUAAGCUGGAGCGCGAACAAGCCUACGAGACCCCAUCGCUGUCACCCCAGCCGAUGGUGGCAGUUGUUUACGGGUCAGACGAAAAGCGGAGGACUGCGGAGGAUGAGGUGGAGGAUGAGAGGUACUCUAAUUACCGGGACGGCGAUGGCAUGGCACCGCCAAUCAUCGACGAAUACGCACCGAGUCCGCACUACACGGCCCGGAACGCGCAAUCACAUCCAGCCCCUGUCUACAUACCGCCCCCGAAUGUGCCAGUCGAGGCGGGACUUUCGGAAAAGGAGCGGAUACGGCGCGCAGAGCAAAGACUUCUACCGAGCCAGCCAUCUGCCGCGGAGUCCUCCUCCUCAGCGGCGCCUGCUGCUGCCGCUGCGCCCGCGGAGGAUGAUCUGUACGAUGUCGAGGACCAGAGUCACAGGCAAGACGUAUCGGUACCUUCGGGGCCGAGCGCGCCGACGCUGGAAGACUUGGAGCCAGGUGCGGCGUCUGGUUCGGGCGAAGACAAGCUGGAACGAGAACGCCAGCGACUGCUUGCCGAAGCAAGCGCACCACCGGAAUUCCCAGAAGACUAUGACGCGGGGCCAUCGGCUCCGCCCAUCAGCGCCACGGCUCCGGUGCUGGAACUGGAGCUCGGGCCGUCUGCGCCAAUGUUCGCGGAGGACGACGAGUUGGACUACGGCUCAUCAUACACCUACCACGAGCGCGCAUUCGCGAGUCACUCUGGCCAUCAUCAUGGCCUGCCCCUGGCGCGUGCGGCGACGGCGCCUGUCGAGCCUCUGCCGCGAUACCAACGAUAGUUUCAUGGAUUGUGUCACAUGUUUGGUUUGCAUUUCUUAGUCCGCGGUGCGAAUAUGUCCAAAAUCUGGUUUUAGCAUGGGGUUUGGGUUCUUCAUAAACAAAAGGGAGAGCGGUUCUUUCUAAGCGGGUUGGCGCAGCGCAUGCAUACUCAUGCCCAUUUUAUGGAGCAUUCUGGGAGUUGGUUGGUUUGCUCGCCUUGAUUAACGUGAUGGAUUUUUAUGGGCGGGGAUAUACCUGGGCACGUUGUCUAUAUAUGAAUGAGGAAGUACAUAAACCCGAGCUGCUACCUAGAUAUGUAUCUACCACCUACGUAUCUAGGGCGCACUGGACAGUAUUGUAUUUAAUUGCGUCGGCUGCUUCACAGCAGC